AUGAACGAAGAAUAAAAUUAAUAUCAGGAUAGCAUUAUUAAUAAAAGCCAACUAGAAAAUAAUCUCAAAGAUCUUCUAGAGAGGAUUUUAUAAAAUGCUGAAAAAUUCAUUGAUACUAGAGAAGAGUUCAACUAAAUAGAAGUAGAACUAAUAGAUUAUGAAAAUUUAUCCCAUUUGAUAGGAAUAAUAAAGGCAGUGUUUACUAAUUGAUGAUAAAAUUUGAAAAGAAAUUAUCGUAAGUAGUCAUAGACAUAUAAUAAAAGAACAGAGGAAAAGUAUGAAAAAUUAGAAUAAACAAUGAUAAAGUAUGAUGUAGAAAUACGAAAUCAUAUAAGAGUAAUAAAAACCUUUAUUAAAGAUUGAAUAACAACUUAAAUUAUAUGUUGAAUCAAUUUAAACUAAAUUAGAUGAAAGCGAAAUAAAUAGAGCUGAAUUAUUAAAUACAACGAAAUAACUAAUUAGUGUAAAAUAUUCACAAUUAUUUAGAAUUUAAAAAAAGAAAAUUAAACUUAUCAUGAAGUCUAAGAGAAGCUAAAAAACGAAAUUUAUUAUUUAAAAUAAAUAAUUAAUGGUCUAGAGAAAGAGAAUAAAAGAAAAUCUUUAGAUUUAAGUCAAAGAGAGUAAUAAAUACAGAAUUCAAAAGCAUUUUAAUAACCAAUCCCUUAACCAUUUCAAUUAGAAAGUAGUUGAUAAUUAUUAAAUUAGACUAAAAGAUUGAAAAAUCUUUUUCAGAAUAUAAAGGAAAUUUAAAAUAAUAAUUAGAAAAAGUAAUAAAAAUAGAUAAUAAUGAGAUUCCAAUCAAAUCUUAAUAAUAUAAUAUUAUUAAUUAUUGUAAUUCAAUGAAUAAAGUUAUAUAAAAAAUAAUUUAACAAAAGGAAGGUUAUANACUAAUGGUAAUAUAUCAAUUCUUAUUUUUAUUUAAUUAUAUAGCAAAUUUAAAUAUUUAAUAGUUUUUUUGGCAAUAAAAACAAUAUUUUAAAUUGGAAUGUUACUCUAUAAACCUGGGUAAGCAUACUUAAAAAUUUUUUUAAUAUAAUAUUUUUAUAAAAUUACUGUUUAUGAACGAAGAAUAAAAUUAAUAUCAGGAUAGCAUUAUUAAUAAAAGCCAACUAGAAAAUAAUCUCAAAGAUCUUCUAGAGAGGAUUUUAUAAAAUGCUGAAAAAUUCAUUGAUACUAGAGAAGAGUUCAACUAAAUAGAAGUAGAACUAAUAGAUUAUGAAAAUUUAUCCCAUUUGAUAGGAAUAAUAAAGGCAGUGUUUACUAAUUGAUGAUAAAAUUUGAAAAGAAAUUAUCGUAAGUAGUCAUAGACAUAUAAUAAAAGAACAGAGGAAAAGUAUGAAAAAUUAGAAUAAACAAUGAUAAAGUAUGAUGUAGAAAUACGAAAUCAUAUAAGAGUAAUAAAAACCUUUAUUAAAGAUUGAAUAACAACUUAAAUUAUAUGUUGAAUCAAUUUAAACUAAAUUAGAUGAAAGCGAAAUAAAUAGAGCUGAAUUAUUAAAUACAACGAAAUAACUAAUUAGUGUAAAAUAUUCACAAUUAUUUAGAAUUUAAAAAAAGAAAAUUAAACUUAUCAUGAAGUCUAAGAGAAGCUAAAAAACGAAAUUUAUUAUUUAAAAUAAAUAAUUAAUGGUCUAGAGAAAGAGAAUAAAAGAAAAUCUUUAGAUUUAAGUCAAAGAGAGUAAUAAAUACAGAAUUCAAAAGCAUUUUAAUAACCAAUCCCUUAACCAUUUCAAUUAGAAAGUAGUUGAUAAUUAUUAAAUUAGACUAAAAGAUUGAAAAAUCUUUUUCAGAAUAUAAAGGAAAUUUAAAAUAAUAAUUAGAAAAAGUAAUAAAAAUAGAUAAUAAUGAGAUUCCAAUCAAAUCUUAAUAAUAUAAUAUUAUUAAUUAUUGUAAUUCAAUGAAUAAAGUUAUAUAAAAAAUAAUUUAACAAAAGGAAGGUUAUAGAUUUUAUGGAUAAAAAUUAAGAAACAAAAAUAAUUCACUUUCUAAUAUAAAAGAUGUGAUAUAAAAUAUCUCUGUUUAAGAUAGAAAAAGAGGAUUAGGCAGUUAAACUAUUUCAAAAAAUAGUUCAUUAUAGAACAGUUAAGUUAUUAAAAAUAAAAGUAUCUAAAAAUAUAUAUAAAAUUGAUAUAGAAAAUGAAAAUUUGAAUAAAUGUAAAAGUUCUAGAAGAGCUAAUAUUGGAUAAAAAUUAAUAAUGAUGGAAUCUUAAAUAAAAUUAACUUGUUGA